AUGAUCACCAGCAUCGCCCACGUCAAUCUCACGGUACACCCGGGGACUCUAGAACAAGCACAGGAGUUCUAUGGCCAGACCCUCGGACUAAACUCUGCACCAGUUCCCGAGCUGCAGAUCGGGACUAUUCUAUGGUUCGAUAUUGGCUCUAGCGGACAACAAAUUCAUGUUACCUGCGGUCCUACUGACCCCAAAUCGACUCGGCACCCAUGCUUUAAGCUACCAGGCCGUGAUGAGCUAGAAACUAUCAAAAAAUCCAUCUACGAUCACCACAUCCGCGGGGGCCGGCAGCACCAAUGGCAGCAGACAAGCCUGGUGAAGAGGGAUCAGGUACCAAAGGAAAGGAAUACCCUCAACGGUUCUUUGCUCGAGAUUAUGCCGGCAAUCUGUUGGAGUUUACUAUGUAGGAUUUCCGAUACACGGGGGAAUUUGUGA